AUGAACUCAAUCGGAUGCCCACUAGCCGCCACCGUGGCCUACCUCUUCGAUGAAGCCCCAAUCCCCCAUCUUCUCUGGGGUUGGUUGGCGAUUGCCCUGACGGGAGAGAACAAUGCAUCGCGGAGAAUUGAAUUCGUCAUUCCAGACGAGUUUAUCGAAAUCGCCGGUCGAACCCUCCAAGAAGCCGGGUUCCCGCUCUGCAGUAACCGUGCCUGUCCGAAACUCCAACACAAUCGGUUCAACUCACCCGUUCCAGAUGUCCAUUUCCACCUUGACGAGAUAGACAGAUACUACAACAUCCUCGCGCUGUACAGCAAAUCCAGCACCGUCUGGUGGCUACCGUACUUUUCCAUGCGUCCCCCCGCAGAAGACGAUCCCCACUUCAUCCUGUCCACCGAUAAACGACUUCCACCCCGUCUACCAGGCGGUGCAUCCGGCCCCUGGACAGAGUUAUACCCCAUCAAGACCCUCAAACCAAACGCGCUCACCGAGGCAGUCAUCCUUCUUCUCGUGCGAGAUCUGAACCAGCCCAACGGUCUAGACAAGUGGUGGAAGCAGCUCCUCGCCAGCUUAGUCGAAGAAAGGGAACUCAAGGAAGCUAUCGUGCAUAAGACAUUACGGCCGGAGUUACAGCCGUUCUGGACGAACUUUCAUGCACAGUUUCCGGUUGUGGAUCAGUGGGUGCCGUUGGAGGAGCUGCGGGAGAAGAUGAUGCUGAGGGAUGAACUGCCGUCUCCGCCGGUGCUGAGUGCGGAUGGACUGUUGGAUGAGUGGGUUGUUGUUUCUGUUUCUUCGUCGUCAUCUUCUGUUUAG